CCCAUUUUCCAGCUGUCCCUCAAUCGGUCGGGAUUUCAGAACCACAGGAGAAUCGCCGGAAAGGGCUUGGUGAUAAAACACCACAUUUGGGGAGAAGAUACCACAUUAUAUGGUUACAUAAAAACGUAACGAGCUACUUUACCCAGUAUUCCGCGAUGGAGACUGAACUAUGAGGUGUUGUGUAGUGCAGAAGACUGAGUGAACCAUGGCACAGUUCCCCACCACAUUCACAGGUCCAGAUGUGUUUCUAAUCUCAGUGGAUGAGAGAGCCAAACAUGAUCAGCAGUUUCACAGCCUCUCUCCGACUGCCGGGGGUUACAUCACAGGCGACCAAGCCAGGAACUUCUUCCUUCAAUCAGGACUGCCCGCCCCCAUCCUGGCCCAAAUCUGGGCUCUGGCUGAUAUGAACAGUGAUGGUCGUAUGGACAUCCACGAGUUCUCCAUCGCCAUGAAACUCAUCAAACUGAAACUCCAGGGUCACCCUUUGCCCCCCGCGCUUCCUCCCAGUAUGAAACAACCCCCACUGCCUUUACCCCCACAGACCGGCUUCGGCAUGCCCCCCAUUGCUCCCAUCCCACCUCCUCUUUCAGCCGUGCCUCCGCUCCCCCUGCCACCUCUCCCUGUCGGAGUGUCUCCCCCACUCGUCUCGUCUGCCCCGCCUCCCCUCCCCCAGCCCAUUGCCAACGGGGCUCCUCCCACAGGCAUGAUGCAGCCCAUCUCAGGCUUCUCCCACCCAGCUCCCUCUGUCAACAAGUCUUCAUCGUUUAAUCGUUCCAGUACCAAGUUGCAGAAGGGGGCAUCCUUGGAAACUGCUAGUGUUCAGCCUCCCUCUGAUUGGGCCGUUCCUCAGUCCUCCAGGCUGAAGUACAGACAGCUGUUUAACUCCCAUGACAAGAUGAUGAGUGGACACCUCACAGGUCCCCAGGCUCGCACUAUCCUGAUGCAGUCCAGUCUUCCUCAGGGUCAGCUGGCCACAAUAUGGAGUCUAUCAGAUAUCGACCAGGAUGGAAAGUUGACAGCUGAGGAGUUUAUCUUAGCCAUGCACCUCAUAGAUAUGGCUAUGUCAGGGUUACCGCUACCCCCUGUGUUACCACCAGAUUACCUCCCACCCACUUUCAGGCGUGUGCGUAGUGACAGUGUUCAGUCAGACCAGAAGAGCGUCCCGGAGGAGGCCGAGGAGGAGCUGGAGAGCAGCCAGGAUAAAAAGCUUCCAGUGACGUUUGAGGAUAAGAAGAGGGAGAACUUUGAGAGAGGAAACCUGGAGUUGGAGAAGAGACGUCAAGCCCUGCAGGAGCAGCAGAGGAAAGAGCAGGAGAGGCUGGCUACGCUGGAGAGAGAGGAACAGGAGAGGAAGGAGCGUGAGCGUAUGGAGCAGGAGAGGAGACGACAGCACGAACUAGAAAAACAACUGGAGAAACAGAGAGAGCUGGAGAGGCAGAGAGAAGAGGAGAGACGCAAAGAGAUAGAGAGGAGAGAGGCUGCUAAGCGUGAAUUAGAGCGCCAGCGUCAGCUGGAGUGGGAGCGUCAACGUCGCCAGGAGCUUUUGACUCAAAGAAACCGGGAGCAGGAGAGUAUAGUGUUGCUCAAAGCCAGAAAGAAGACCCUGGAGUUUGAACUGGAGGCUCUGAAUGAUAAGAAGACCCAGUUGGAGGGCAAACUGAAGGAUGUUCGGUUUCGUCUGUCAGCUCAGCGGAGAGAGGUGGAGCAGACCAAUCAGACCAGAGAAACGCGCAUUGCUGAAAUCACCCUGCUGCAACAGCAGCUGCAGGACUCCCAGCAGUGGUUGGGGAGGCUAAUCCCUGAUAAACAGAGUCUCAACGACCAGCUGAAACAGGUUCAACAGAACAGUCUGCACCGUGAUAGUCUGUCGUCCCUGCAGAAGGCUGUGGAACAGAAGGAGACCAGCAGGCAGCAGCUCAGAGAACAGCUAGAUGCUGUGGAGAGAGAAACGAGGGCCAAACUGCUGGAAAUAGACGCUUUCAAUACCCAGCUGAAGUCUCUGUGUGAGUUCUAUGCCAACCACUGUGCCAGGAUAGAAGCCCUGCGACGCCAGCUUCAGGAGGAACAGAGAGGGAGACAGGAGCUGAGGGAGAUCCACAGCCGGCAGCAGAGACAGAAACAAAAGGAGCUGGAAGGAGACACACACUCAUUGACACACACACACUCUCACAUGCACACCCCAAUCGAGAGAAAGUCUGCUGAACUGCAGGAGAGCAGGUUGUCAUCAGAGGAGAGCGUGGCCUGGAGGGAUGAAGCAGGAAGCUCUGCCCCUGGAGCUCCUAGUCCCGCCUCCAUCUCUGCACCCCAUGCCUGGCUAAACAGAGUGACUCAGGAAGAAGAGGAGAGGAAGAGGAGAGGGAUGGACGAGGAGGAAGAGGUCCGCAAGGGGGCGGGAUCAGUAGGAUCAGUCGAAUCAGUCGAGGAUGAGGGGAGAGGAAAGAAGGACAUGCAGGAGAAACUGAACAAGCUGUUCAGCCAGCCGACCGACCCCUGGGCUUCAACAGUGGAGAAGACUCCAGGACCCAGCCUCUUUGACCAGAAGGCACCAGUCACUGGCUUCGACCAGCAGCAGCAGCCAGUGAAGGUGGUCUACUACAGGGCUGUAUAUCCGUUUGAUGCUCGCAGCCAUGAUGAGAUCAGCAUUGGUCCUGGAGAUGUAAUCAUGGUGAAGGGGGAAUGGGUGGACGAAUCCCAAACAGGUGAACCCGGUUGGCUGGGAGGAGAGCUCAGGGGGCGUACUGGUUGGUUUCCAGCCAAUUACGCCGAACGAAUACCCGACAGUGAAGCGCCGAUCAGCUUGCGUGCAACAGCCUCAGCCACACCCACCUCCGCCCAGCAGCCAAUGACCACGCCUCCCCCAGCACCAGGACACAACUCCUCCUCCACGUCCUCCACUAACAGUAACUGGGCUGACUUUAGCACCACUUGGCCCUCCAACACAGCCAGUCAGUCAGAGAGUGAGGGGUGGGAUGCAUGGCCGACCUCUUCAGCCGCUCAGAAUCCUUCGCUCAGCGUUCCCUCAGCGCAGCUACGACAACGCUCCGCCUUCACACCCGCUACCAUGACAACGGGCUCCUCUCCUUCUCCUGUGCUGGGACAGGGGGAGAAGGUUGAGGGUCUUCAGGCUCAGGCUUUGUAUCCCUGGAGAGCGAAGAAGGACAACCACCUCAACUUCAACAAAAAUGAGAUAAUAACAGUGUUGGAGCAGCAGGACAUGUGGUGGUUAGGUGAACUGCAGACUGGACAGAGAGGCUGGUUCCCCAAAAGUUAUGUCAAGCUCAUCUCCGCCACCAUGCCGGCCCCCGUUGGUGCCCCAGCACGCAGCAAAAACACUAGUGAGUCUGGAGUAUCAGACAGCCCACCCAAUGGAAAACGCCCCUCCCCUUCCCCAACAAAACCCUCUGAGUCAGGAGAAGCUGAGUACGUGGCUAUGUACACCUACGAGAGCAGUGAACAGGGCGACCUGAGUUUCCAGCAGGGAGAUAUCGUCAUGGUGACCAGGAAAGAAGGGGAUUGGUGGACGGGCAUGGUCGGGGGCAAGACUGGAGUCUUUCCUUCCAAUUAUGUCAAACCACGAGACUCUGCCUCUGAGUCUUUGGGACCAGCAGGGAAGACAGGCAGUCUGGGAAAGAAACCAGAGAUCGCACAGGUGAUCGCUCCCUACAGUGCUACAGGAGCAGAGCAGCUGACAUUAGCUCCGGGACAGCUCAUCCUCAUCAGAAAAAAGAACCCAGGGGGCUGGUGGGAGGGUGAGCUCCAGGCUCGGGGGAAAAAGCGCCAAAUAGGCUGGUUUCCAGCCAACUAUGUAAAGCUGCUCAGUCCCAGCACCAGCAAGACCACGCCCACAGAGCCCACCCCUCCUAAACUGGCUCCUGCCAGCACAGCUGUGUGUCAGGUGAUCGGCAUGUACGACUACGUGGCCCAGAACGAUGACGAGCUGGCCUUCCAGAAGGGUCAGGUGAUCACAGUGCUCAACAAGGACGACUGCGAUUGGUGGAAAGGCGAGCUCAACGGAAGGGAGGGUCUGUUUCCCAGCAACUACGUCAAACUCACCACGGAUACUGACCCGAGCACGCAGUGGUGUGCUGACCUCCAUCUGCUGGACAUGCUGAGUCCCAUGGAGAGGAAGAGGCAGGGAUACAUCCACGAGCUGAUCGUCACCGAGGAGAACUAUGUCAACGACCUGCAGCUCGUCACAGAGAUCUUCCACAAGCCUCUGUUGGAGUGCGAGCUGCUGACGGAGAAGGAAGUGGCCAUGAUCUUCGUCAACUGGAAGGAGCUCAUCAUGUGCAACAUCAAACUGCUCAAGGCUCUGAGAGUGAGGAAGAAGAUGUCAGGUGAUCGGAUGCCGGUGAAGAUGAUUGGUGACAUCCUGACCAACCAGCUGCCUCACAUGCAGCCAUACAUCAGAUUCUGUUCGUGUCAGCUGAACGGAGCCACGCUGAUUCAGCAGAAAACCGACGAUAACCCAGAGAUCAAAGACUUCCUGAAGAGGUUAGCCAUGGAUCCCAGGUGUAAGGGAAUGCCUCUGUCCAGCUUCCUGCUCAAACCCAUGCAGAGAGUCACACGCUACCCGCUCAUUAUCAAGAACAUCAUAGAAAAUACUCCAGAGUCGCAUCCAGACCACAGCCACCUGAAAGCUGCUCUGGAGAAAGCAGAGGAGCUGUGCUCGCAGGUGAAUGAGGGCGUCAGGGAGAAGGAGAACUCAGAUCGUCUGGAGUGGAUUCAGGCUCACGUCCAGUGUGAAGGCCUUUCUGAGCAACUGGUGUUUAACUCCGUCACCAACUGUCUGGGUCCCAGGAAGUUCCUCCACAGCGGGAAGUUGUUUAAAGCCAAGAGCAGCAAGGAGCUCUACGGCUUCCUGUUCAAUGACUUCCUGCUGCUGACACAGGUGACCAAACCUCUGGGCUCGUCAGGCUCCGACAAAGUCUUCUCUUCGAAAACACACCUGCAGUACCGCAUGUACAAGACGCCAAUCUUCUUAAAUGAAGUGUUAGUGAAGCUGCCAACAGACCCGUCAGGAGAUGAACCUCUGUUCCACAUCUCUCACAUAGACAGAGUUUACACACUCAGAGCUGAGAGUAUCAAUGAAAGGACGGCGUGGGUUCAGAAAAUUAAAGCAGCUUCAGAACUCUUCAUUGAGACAGAGAAGAAGAAGAGAGAGAAGGCGUAUCUAGUGCGUUCUCAGAGGGCUACAGGGAUCGGUAGACUGAUGGUCAACAUUGUGGAGGGAAUUGAGCUCAAACCCUGUCGCUCCCAUGGAAAAAGUAACCCAUACUGUGAGGUAACCAUGGGUUCGCAGUGCCAUAUCACAAAAACAUUACAGGACACGUUGAAUCCGAAGUGGAACUCCAAUUGUCAGUUUUUUAUUAAGGACCUGGAACAGGACGUCCUCUGUGUCACUGUGUUUGAACGAGACCAGUUCUCCCCUGACGACUUCCUGGGCAGGACAGAGAUCCGGUUGGCUGAAAUAAAGAAGGACCAGGGCUCUAAAGGACCAAUCACGAAGCGGUUGCUGCUCCACGAGGUUCCCACAGGAGAGAUCGUGGUCAGGCUGGACCUCCAGCUGUUUGAGGAACCGUAAUACCUGAACAGGACCUCACUGGACUGAAAAGGAACAAAGAGAUAUGGUUUGGACCCGACAGUCGGACUGAAUUAGACUGGACUGGAUUUUCUUGGUUUGUCCUGGUUCAGUUCCUUACUGCUUACAGGCUGUUUAUGUUUAAGGAGGGCGGUACUCUCAGCUGAGGGAAAGUGAAUAUUUAGUGGUUAGAGAAGCCCUGGAUUCACUGUGUCAGGAGGAGCAGCAGCAGGAGGAAAAGGGUUACAAACAGUUGUAACCAGUCAGCACAGAGUGAAUCCAUUUGAGCAGUUUUAAUUAUUUUCCACUACAUUUGUUUGAGUGGAAACUGUAAAUAAAGAGCUUAUUAUCUCCGUUUCAGACCACAUAUCAGUUUUCUUAGAUUAAUAUUCAACCUAAAACCGGAUGUCUGCAGGUUCUGAUAAAUCACUGAACCUCUUAAACUCUUCAGAUGUACUUUCCAAGCUAAAAAUGUCUUACAUAAAUCUUAGUACUUUGUUUUACUGGUCUUAAAAAGCAGAUCUGUGGUGGGAGAUUUUAAAGACAAACACCCCCUUUAACCAGCAGCUCUUAUAGUGGACCUGAUGUUGUAUUACCAAGGAAUGAAAAUCCAUGGCCUGUUUCUAUUCCAGUCCAGUCCAGUCUACUUCUGUCCUCCUUCAGUCUGGUCCAGUUUGUUUUUUUUGUCCAAUCUGGUUCAGUCCAGUCCUCUUGGAGAUCAGCCGGGUCUUUACUGUUUUCUUUUCCUCUGCUUCAUCAGACAGUCUCACAGACACUCCAGUGACAAUCCCAGCCCUCCUUAGUCCCAACCAACCCCUGUGUGUGUGUGUGUGUGUGUGUGUGUGUGUGUGUGUGUGUGUGUGUGUGUGUGUGUGUGUGUGUGUGUGUGUGUGUGUGUGAGAAUGACUGUAUGAGUGUCAAAGUGGACAGGCUACUGAAAGGUACGGUUCAGUGUACAUUUUCUUCUCUUUUUUAAGUCUUACAACUCUCGGAGUCUUAAGAUGAAGUGUUCGGGCUUUCAGCGUUGAGGUACUGCUUGUGAAGGGAUCUUGCCGUUUUGAAUUUUUGCUCUUUUGACCUUCACUGAACACUUGCCACAUUAUCUCAGAAAGAGAUAAAUAUGUACAGGUUAAAUGAGAAAUGCUAACGAUGCUAAUACACUGAAAAUAUAGAAAGAUUUUACCCCGGUGUAUGACAAGUGUCCAGUGUAAAUAAAUUACAGACAUGCCAAGAUGUCCCUUUCACGUGCACCCAUUAUAAUAAUAGUGAGAAUAAAAUGGGUGAAACUAAGGCAGCCGGGGAAGAGGUGUGACAGCUAAUUUAAAUUGAGGUACUGUAAAGAGGAAUGUCUUAAUUUAAAAAAAAAUAAAAUGUAUGUUGGAUGCACACGGGGGUCAUAGUUUUAGGAGAUUUUUGUCACACAUCUAACCUCGGUUGUUAUGUUGCUGCUGUGCGGAGCUGUCACAGUGGCCGUCACUAUGCAGGGGAGGAAAACCCUGAAAGAAUCAGGGGGCCCAGAGCUGGAUAGGGGCCCCUCGUACAUGCUAGGUACGACAGACAUGCAUUUAAUAGGAACAGCCUUUUAGAUCAUUUCCACUCUCUAACCCUGAGGAGGCUCAGUGUAAAAGUAAUUUUACUGUGUGUCGGCACUCCCAGCACUUUUAAAAACACACACACUGUCGCUGAUAUUAGAGCAGAGCAGGACACGACUGAUGUCACAUAGCGGCCAUUUUGAAUAGUCAUAGUCAAAGUAGGAAACUUGAAGGCUGGUGUUAUUCUUUAUUUUUCUCACUGUCAACACAAAAGACUAAAACCAACAUGUGUGAUCUCUCAGUGCUUUCCAGCUUCUCUUCUGUGGCACUGGACUCCAAGCUCACUGGUUCCUACUGAGGGUGUAAAUCUCACAAAUAUAUAGUGUCUUUCUUUUAAAUGACUCAUUCAUUUUCUAAAACACUUGGUCAUUUUAAGCACACAUUAAACAGGAUUAAAUUGUGCAUUUGUUGGGGAUUAAUCCACAUUGGUGUUCUAGUGGGUAAUGGCUGUUCCUGGUGAUGGCUUCUGUGUUUUUAAUAGUUUUUGGACAAUAAUGGAAGUCUGUCUGUGAUUCAAUACUGUUAGUACGAUCAAUUCAUAGUUGGUUUUAGUCUUUUUGUGGGAUUUGUUGUGUACAAGAAACUACAGAUUAUCAUCAGCCCUAUCCUUUAAAGCUAGUUUUUGCUUUAGCACAUAAAACUCAACAGCUGUAAUAUUAUCUAUCACUGUUGAGAACAUCAGCUACAAUGACUGCUUAAAGUUAGCAAGGAACUUGGCUAGCUAGUUAGCUAUAGCCUGCUAUAGGCUGGACCGCGGCAGUUUACUGUAGGUCCAAAUAUUUGACUUCAUUGAAAUGUGAGAUAAUUCCUCCGGCAGUUUUUGAGAUACACUUUUGUUAAGAACGGGGAGUAUUUAAAUAAUAAAUGUUUGUAUCGCUGUCACAGCUGCCGCGUACUGCUGGUGCCUGUACGUGGUUGCGUUAGCUUUUUCAUGCGUAGGUGCCAAAAUUACCAUUUUUUUUAAAUAGUGGAGCGUAAUUGUGUGUUAUUAUCUUGUUCUUUGGCAUAAAAAAACAACAGUUCACUACUUUUGAAAGGAAAACAAGUUUUGUUUGUUUUCAGUUUAUUGUCAAAAAUGUAACCACUUUUUGAAGCAUAUCAUUUACUCGAAUUCCUUUGUCGAAAACACAAACUCAGGAGUUACUUUAAAGGCAGCAUUGAUCUUCUUUCCCGCCCUGAGUAUUCAAAAUGGCCGCUGCGUGAGCCAGUCGGACAGUUUGUCCGCUCAGCAGAGUUGUAGAUAUGCUAGUUAGCUAGCCACUUGGCCAGUCAGUAAAUGUAGUUAGCAAUCUUAAUUUAAAGCCACGGUUACUGAAUUACCACUGAGACAACCAAUAGUUACCUUAGUGACCAGCCACUGUCCAAUCAGAAGUCAGCGCGGCUCAGCCAGUUGCAGCAGCGUGACCGUGGAGGACGGUGUGAGCGAAUGUUUGUGUUUCCCCAGACUGAAGCUGAUGAAGGUGAUGAUGAUGAUGAUGAAUGAUGAUAACCCCCCACCCCCUCUCCACGCUGUACUGAAACUAACCUAAUCCAGUUUGAACCCGUUCUUACUGUCUACCUUCCAGGUUGUGUAUAAUACUACUGCUAUCUGAGAGUUAAUAUAUGAGCGCCACGGGGGCGAUAGAGACAGCCUGCUGUUAAUUAUCACUGUAGAAGAUGAUGUACGUUGUUGUCUUUCAAUGUUCAGAAUAAACUUCAGUUGGACCAAGA